CCCCGCUUCCUCUGCUAGGGGCCAAUCAUCGGUUGCUUUGCUGUGCGGGCUAGGAAGGCGCUGGAAGCUGCCGGCCCGUCCAUCUUUCUUGAAGGCAAGAAGGCUCCCCACAACCUCCCCUCGGUUUUGUCUUCCCUCUAAAAACCCACCUGCAGCGGCCAUCUUAUUUGAGGGCAAGUGGAAGAUGAGACCAGAGAAGCCAGACGGGCGCCAUGUUUGAUAUGAUCGAGGGACGGCGCCCUUAAGAGCAAUCCUUGACAACUGAACCCAGGAUGUCGCCAUAUUUUCUGAAGGCACCUUCCGGGUCCCUCAACCAGGGUGUCUAUGGCCAAGCUGCCAAGAAAUGAAUAAACACCGCGGGGGUUGGUUUGCCCCUAUGAGAAUCCCUGAAUCCCUAGCAGAUAGCCCCUGCUACUUCUGUACCCUGGGCUGCGUUGGGACGCCAAGGCUGGGAGGGGCCGUGGCCUGGGGAGCCGUUCCUGCGGACACGAAGAAAGCUGAUCCCGAUCCGGGAGCAGGGAGGCGGUGGCCCUGGGGACAAGGCCACAGCUCGGGGCUGUAAGGCCCCAUGGCGCCGCCCCCAGCCCUGCUCCAGGCGCUCAGAGCUGGGGAGACCCAGCCUGAUUGCAAGAAGCCCGGGUCCGUGAGCUUCGCGGACGUGGCCGUGUACUUCUCCCGGGAGGAGUGGGGGUGUCUGCGGCCCGCGCAGAGAGCCCUGUACCGGGAUGUGAUGCGGGAGACCUACGGCCACCUGGGCGUGCUCGGAUUCCCAGGCCCUAAACCAGAUCUCAUCUCUUGGAUGGAACAAGAGAGUGAGGCUUGGAGCACCGCCGCCCAGGAUCCUGAGGAGGGGGAAAGCGUGGGAGGAGCUCUGAGAGGCAACUCCCCAAACAAGAAGGAAGAGGAACUGGAAGAACUACCAGGAGCCAAGGGACCCAGAAAGACUCCUAGGAAGGGUAGGCCUGAGGAGCUGGUUAAACAUAACCCUGACUCAGCCCUGAGCGAGACCUCUGCAAGACCACAGCCACCCACGAAAACGGCCUGGGACCAGAGCACAGUUGCACAGACCCCAGUUCCAGUACCCAGCGUGAGCUCUCAAGCCAGCCAGCGGCGCCAUGUAUGUGCAGACUGUGGUCGCCGCUUCACUUACCCAUCGCUACUGGUCAGCCACCGGCGCAUGCACUCCGGUGAGCGGCCCUUCCCUUGUCCGGAGUGUGGCAUGCGCUUCAAAAGGAAGUUCGCAGUAGAAGCGCACCAGUGGAUCCACCGCUCCUGCUCUGGGGGCCGGCGGGGCCGGAGACCUGGAAUCCGGGCUGUGCCUCGAGCCCCUGUUAGGGGUGACCGGGACCCACCUGUGCUAUUCAGGCACUACCCGGACAUCUUCGAAGAGUGCGGACCAGGCUGCAAUGCUGGAUGGAUGGGAAAGGCAAAAGGCCGGAGGCCCGGAGACCAGCUGGGAGACCCCAGGUCUAAACCAACAAGGGUCUGAGCAAGAGGAGCCUGCUGAUGAGAGCCGCUGUCUUAGUGAAGCUUCUCACCCUUGCUCCAGGGCAAUUUCAUAUACCUCCCAAACACUGAAUGACAUUUUGCCCCCAUGACAUGAUCCCUAAACAUAACCCUUAUGUUUACUUUUCACUAUUUAUCAUAUCAUAGCCCACCAUUUAAACUUUUUCUCUUUACAUUUAUAUAACAGUAUAGAAUUGUAUGUGUGACCAGAAGCGGCUCUUCUGAUCUCCUAGGUCCCUGCUUCUUGCACUACCUCACAAUACAACUGCAUCUUGGUAACCCGGCCUAAAAUCCACCUCUCUUUGGUUGCUGAGACUGUGCCUUCAGUAAUUUGAGGCAAUACGGCAUGCAGUUGCAUGGUGUCAGGUUGCCUGGCUUUGAAUCCUGUCUUAACCACUUACCACCUGGGGCAAGGUCAUCCAUUUGUGCCUCAGCCUGCUUAUCCAGAAAGGUACCCAUCUCUGAAGUGUUGUGAGGGUUAACUGAGUUAACAAGCAAAAGCACUUAGUCUGGAAUACAGUAAGUGAUAUAUCAAGGUAAGGGAAGAUUAUUAGUGUUAGUCAUAGCACAAAACCAAUUGCAGCUCUUGCAUAGUCUGCCAUUAUUCUGUUUAGGAGAACUUAGAAUUGGGAAAUCAGGGGGCACAUUUAAAGAGAGCAUCAAAACAAUGAGCCAUGUCAUCUGUUAUCGCAUCUAGUUAAAGAAAAAUAUUUUUAUUUAUUUUUAGAGAGAGGGGAAGAGAGGGAGAAAGAGGCAGAGGGAAACACUGAUGUGAGAAGCACUGAUAUGUUGCCUGUCAGUUGAGCCCUGACUAGGGAUGCAACCCAGGCAUGUGUCCUGACGGGAACUGAACCAGCUCCCUUUCACUUUGCCAGACAAUGCCCUGAGCCACACAGGUCAGGGCUCAUCUCAUUUUUUACGCAGUCAUAACAUAAUAAAUUAAGAAUCCAAUUCAUUUCACAAGGUUAGCAGGGGUCAGUAAAUUCAAAAUUAUCAUGUUGCUUUUCUGAAACAGGCCUGGAGGAGGCAGGGCGAGGUGGGGGAAAAGGCUCCGAUUUAGGAGUCUGAAGACCCAAGUCACUACUGGGCUGCCUGAACUUGGGUAACAACUGGGCCGUAGUUUCCUCAUCUGUGAAAUGAAUGAACUCUAAGGCAGAGAGGCUGAUUCACCCUAGUGUCCUCAAUUAAAGACAUAGUAAAUGUUGGAAAUACCAGAUAUAGAUGAUAGAUAGAUAGAUAGAUAGAUAGAUAGAUAGAUAGAUAGAUACAUACAUACAUACAUACAUACUUAAACACAAUCUCUGGAGGGAUAUUUAGGAAACUGUUAAGACAGGAACAGGAUACCUUGUAAAUGAAAAAGAAAUUUAGAAAUGAACUGCUUUAUCAAAAAACAUUCUUUUAUUAAGGUAGGUCACUGAGUGGGCCUUUUAGAGGAGAUUAGUUAGUGCACGUCUGGCCAGAGCCCCCCGAAAGCUAGACCUGGUUCCCCCUGGGCUAGAACUCCUUGCCACCCGCCGUGCUCACGCACCCCAGCCUCACUUUUCAGCUGCCAGACGUCAGUCGCCGAAGUGGUUGCGGCCAUCUUAACUAUGGGCAAGGGCGAUUCCAAAGCCGCUUGGGGGAAUAGCAAGAGAAGAAACUCGAGGGGGUUAAUAAACCUGGACGUCAACACCAGACCAACACUGAAAUUGUUUAAAUGCCGUUCUCUAAAAAUAGAAGACGCUAGAAUACCGCCAUCUUGUCUGAGGGCGCCUUUAUUUUCUCGGUCCUGGGACCACCGAGUUCGGGUACCUAGUUCUCGCGUCCUAGAGCGGCCUCACCCGGAGUUAGUUCCGGUCUCCUGGGUCCAGUGGACCUUGGUUCCUAGAGGCGGAAUCCCUAGCAGCAUCACUCCUUGGAUCCGGGCAGGGUAUGGCAUUAUCCCGGUUCCUGCUCCUAGCUUCCAGCAGAGGUGCCCGCGAAGGCCGGCCGGAAGAAGAUGAUUUGGGGGUGAAGAGGCAGGCACCACGAGCUUUGUGGAGGUGGCCGUGUAUUUCUUCCCGGAGGAGUGGGAUUGUGUGGGGCGUGAUGUGGAAGACCUAGGGGUACCUGGGCGUGCUCCGUGAGGGCCGUUCUUCCCUGAUCUUUGAAAAGAGAAGGGGGCUGGUGGGAUGGGCAGGACCAAGUGCCUGAUUCGCCCUUACUGCUGCACCUGGUGACUCCGUUUCAUGUGAUUCCCGCUAGAUCACCCUAACUGAAAUUCAUAACUGAGCCUCCCCCCCGACAGACUCCCCCACUGGCUCUCCAGUACUUCCUGCAAAAAUGUAAGCUCCCGUGCCACAACGUGAAGGCCCAUGGCACGCUAACCUCCAGUUCAAACCAGAUCUUUCUCUCCCUGCAGGCAAGCAAUCCCAUUUGGCCCCAGCUAAAUGGGAUCUUCGGUUUUUCUACAUGCCUCUAGCUCAGUGAGCUUGUAUACUUGCUGUUCUGCUCUGUAUACACUAUAUCUUCAAAUCUAACAUUCUUCAAUGCCCUUCUUAAAUGCUGUCUCCAAGAAAUUCCUCUUGGAGUUCCUUCUGUCCCCUGCUGAAAAUAGCCACAAAGCUGGGGCUCUGUCUAUAUAGACCUGAGCACAGUCUACCCAAAGGUCUCCAUACCUCUGUCAGCAGAGCUUAUACCUGUUAUCUUUCUCCCUAGUGCAAAUGUAGAGUUUAGUGUAAAUUUAGAGCAGGAACGUUAGCUUGGUUCACCAGUGCCUUCGACAUUUAGAAUAUGGAAAGAUGGAAAGGUGAGAAGUGGGGGCAAUGUCCCAAUUCCAGCUGGAAGGGAAAAUGUUUUGUUGAGCAAGAACCAUCAUAUACAUGUUCCUUAUUAGUUUUUCUUGGUCUGAAUUUACGACACCCACUGGAGGCUGAAAUCUUAACCCUCUCAUUCUCAACUGACUUUGAGGCAUCCAGUGUUCCCACGAUCAAGUCAUGCUGUAUGAAUCAUCCAAACUCUAGGUCCGUGGCAGCAUGUGAAUUCAAGUUCAGAAUGGAGGCACUUCACUUUUUUGUCUCCAGGUCCCUGAGCCCUGUAACCAUUGUUCCUCUGGUUGAGGGUAUCUUUUCUAGUUGAUUCUGAGGUAGUUGGGAAUGUACCUGACUCAUGAGCCCUUUAACUGGUCAACACAGUUUAGGGGGAGCUUCCGGGGGCUAGGUACCCACCUCAAUGCUUCUGCCAUUGUAAAGGUUGAUUCUGUCACUCAAACAUUGGUAGACAUGGGAGAAUUAACAAGGCAAGUUUUGAAUCUGCUGCAUCACAAUAGCUGUUCAGCAAAACAAUACAUUUGGAAAGGGCCAGGUGAAGGAGUCUGUUUGGGAAUCAAUCAUCAUGAGCCCCUGGGGUCAGAAACACUGACCUGGCCCUGGCUGGGGUGGCUCAGUGGAUUGAGUGCCCUGGCCUAUGAACCAAAGAGUCACAGGUUUGAUUCCCAGUCAGGGCACAUGCCCUGGUUGCAGGGCAGGUCUCCAGUAGGGGUGCAUGAGGGAUAACCACACAUUGAUGUGUCUCUCUCUCUCCCCUUCUCUCUAAGAUAAAUAAAUCUUAAAAAAACAAAACCGAACCACUGACCUCUUCCCUGAGCCUGUGGGCAAGGCUUCCCAUAACCAGGCCCUUCCCAUUGCUCUGCCUCCCCCACCUUCACCUAGUCUUUAACAUCUGGCACUAAUGCAGCACCCUCAUCCGUGCCCCAAGUGCAGUCACGCUUUGCCAUCACUUUUAACCUGGUCCAGUGUACUGUCUGGAAAGGGACACUUCCCAGCAAGUGUGGCACCCACCUCUGCCUCAGCUAGUACCUCUCAUGCUACCUGCUGACUGACACAGGCAAGUGGCCCUACCUCUGUCCCUGCUGUGGAAAGUGCUUCAGCCAGAGGCCUACCAGGCUGGUACCACAGGCAAACCACCCUAGUUUAUUCCCCAGGAGGGUUCAGACCCUCUGUGAGUUUCCAGAGCUACCCAGAGCUGUUCUAGGCUUGUGUGUCAUAGGCACCGCAGUAAAGGGUGGGCCCUGACAGGUGACAAAAUGCUGUUGCACUUAAUGGAAAUUUUCUGUUUUCUCUUGUGUCCUUUGGGGGCCCGAGAGGCUGACAGAGCUAGGGCCAAGGUUGAGUCCUUGGGCAACUCUGUGUCCUUACCCUUUCCAGAUUUUUAUCUUCUCUCCCCUUUCUACUGUGAUCAACUAUUUACUUUCAAGCUUCCCAGCUGUAGGGAGAAGCAUCCACCAGAUACAAGGUGUCAGGCUGAAGACUCGAGAAGGCCUUUGGAAGUGUUGGUGCCAAAAUGGCACCAGGUGUUAGACCUCAGUUCCACAAACUCAGUACUUGAAUUCUGGCUAAGAAAUAAUUCAGAGCCAAGACUCAAACUAUAACAGAAAGUUUAUUUAGAAAGUCACAGAU